CUGAGCACGUGCACAGAGGAAGGACCGCCCCUGUGACGAGCCCGCGCGUCCUGGCUUCCCCCGGAGCGCCGGACGCGCCGCAGCAGGAAGCCCUCCUCCAGGCGCGUCUGUCGCAGGUCCCAGCCUCUGGACGCUCCGUCGGCCGCGGGUCGGACCGUGUGACCGGCAUGCCGGUAUUCGACCGUCGGAUCCAUCGUGGUUUGAAAAGAGAGCCUGAGUUUUUGUACCGAAAUGUCAAAGCAAAACCAGAAGAUCCUGCUGGAGCUGGUGCAGCGGCCGGACAACAGCCGGUGCGCGGACUGCGGAGCGCCGGAGCCAGACUGGGCGUCCUACCAGCUGGGAGUGUUUGUGUGUCUGAACUGCUCUGGGAUCCACCGCAGCCUCUCCAGCCGGGUCAAAUCCAUACGGCUGGACUUCUGGGAGGACGAGCUAGUGCAGUUCAUGAAGUCCUCCGGUAAUGCCAGCGCCCAGGCUUUGUAUGAGAAGGCCGUGCCACCGUACUACUAUCGACCUCAGCAAUGUGACUGCAACGUCCUGAGAGAGCAGUGGAUUCGAGCUAAAUACGAGAGGAAGGAAUUCACGGGAGAAACCAAGUACCCCCCAGUUUCAUACACCACAGGUUUCUAUGAAGGGAUGCUGUGGAAGAAAGGGAAAGAGAACACACAGUUUCUGAAGAGGAAGUUCGUACUGUCAGAGAGGGAAUUUACGCUGAUGUACUACAACAAGGAAAAUGAGUCCAAAGGCCCUAAAGCUGUGAUCUCCAUAAAGGACCUGAACGCCACCUUUCAGCCACAGAAGAUUGGUCAUCCUCACGGGCUGCAGUUCACCUACCAGGACGAGGAUCGCACCAGGAACCUCUAUGUUUACCACGAGAGUGCUGAGGAAAUAGUCACAUGGUACAACGCCAUCCGAGCUGCUCGCUAUGCUUACCUGAAGACAGCGUACCCGACUGGGAGCAAUGAAGAACUGAUACCAAAGAUCACAAGAAACUACCUCAAAGAGGGAUACAUGGAAAAGACUGGGCCCCUGCAGAAGGAGCCAUUCAGGAAGAGGUGGUUCACUCUGGACUCUCAGAAUCGGAAACUGUUUUACUUCAAAGGGCAGCUGGAUGCAGAGGAGCUGGGGGUGAUUUUCAUCGGCACAGAGAGCAGCGGUUACUCGGUGAAGGCGUGCGUCCCGAAGCAUGCUCGAGGAAACAGGUGGACGUGCGGCGUUUCGGUGGAGACGCCCGAGCGACAGUUUGUCUUCAUGUGCGAGCAGGAGAGGGAGCAGAGAGAGUGGCUGGAGGCCCUCAGGAAGGUCUCGUCAAGGCCCAUGGCACCGCAGGAUUACACCAGUGAGCACGCCUUCAAAGCACUACAGCAUCAUGUGAAGUGAAUGGUGUAAAGGCUGCUUUACCCCCAAACUGACAACAGCUUCAAGGAGUGUAAACCAUUUAGAACUUGGCAAUUUAAACAGAAUUGUAUAGAAAUUGUUCAAAUUCAUCACGAACACCUCCAACACAAUGUGUCAAUAUCUUUUUGGCAGUUGCUAGCCAGAAGAAAUCUAUUGGUGAAGGAAAAAAAAAAACAUGACAAAUCAAAUAGUGGCAUGUUAUGAGCAGUUUUGGCCUGAACUGUGUGUCAGCAGUGUUCAGUGUACCAUCACGUGUCUGCAUCAGAGGAGGACACGAUGCUAUUAACCAGGCUGUGAUGGAAACUCUCUGCGUCACAUUCCGUUGUGCACAAGACCUUCACACAGUAUUGAACAGCCACCUGGACAGAUGCAAAGAUUGACUGGAAGACUGGAGAACAAGUCACCAGCUGAUGUCGUUCUUGUGAAUUAGUCAGUGAGUCUAGCCUUCUAGCACAAGUAGAACUGCCUCAAUAACAUUUCUUGUCCAACUUUCUUUCCAGUUGAUCAACCUCCCUGUGUACUUGAAAUAUUUGGCAUCCAGAAAUUUGAGCAUAAAACAAAUAUUGGACAAAUUGACAUUGUGUCCUGAUUGUGGCACAAGAUGAGCAGGAAAGACCUUCACUGAUAUCACAGGUCCUUAUAACGGGAGCAGAAUGUCUACGUCAGCUUUUUAUAGCUAGACAGGCCCAGCGCGUUGAGAUUAAAGAGGAAAAGUCCCCGACAUCCUUAUAAUACAUCAGCCAGGAACGAUGAUGAUCUGUUGAAAACUUUGUGCCAAUCCAUCCAGAAAAUGUCGAGUUAUUUUAAUGUGAUGCGAUCAUUUCAAGCUGCUGCUGGUUUAAACGGGACAGUCAAAGAGUCAGUAGAGUUAUGAGGAUUCUUCUGCUGGAUAAAAGAAAAGCACCAUUCCUGAGUUGGUCCGUGCUAUAGCACUUGUUCUGCAAAGUUAUCCUUUAUGAUGAAUGAUAAUCGUGCACCUGCGACACGAUCAGCGUCACCCGUAUUUAUGUUUGCACAAGCCUGUGCACGUUAGCACACAUGCGCUAUCAGUGCAUUCUGCAUCUGAACCCACCACUAACCCUUUCGUCUCUUA